CCUCCACUUGCCAAUCACCCUGCGGCCGUGGCGACAAAGGCGCGCCCCUCCCGCUUCGGGCCAGCAAACCCCGUCCUUUCCUCGAUCUCGGCCAAUCAUCGCUGGAGCCGAGGAAAAACAUUCCGCCCCGACACGCUCUCUGCCAAUCAGAGCCACCCCUCUGGGAGAUUGACCAAUCAGCGACGGCGCUCUGCAAAGCCGCGUCCUCUAGGCCGACCGCGGCCAAUCAGCGUCGCCCCCCUCACCCAACGAGCGUCGCGCUGCCGCCCCGCCUGCGCCUGCGCACGGAGUUUCGGGGGGAGGGGAAGGUUCUGGAGGCAGCCGCGGCCUCCGCCAUCUUAGCGCCGCGUCCGGCCGCGGAAACCCGGAGUCCCAGGAGCCGGCGCCGCCGCCGCCGCGGGGGACGGACACGUCUGAGCCACUCGAGCCCUGAGCCUGCCCUGCCCUUCGGGGGUGGGGCCCCCCCAGCGCGCUCCAUGGAGCCGGGGGUUUCGAAUCCGCUGCAGGAGCCUAGCCCGGCCGACGCCAUGACGCCCGACGACUUUGACAUCGUCAUCGAAGCCAUGUUGGAGGCGCCCUACAAGAAGGAGGAGGCUCAGGCAGGACCCUCAAAGGCACCGGCUGAAGCCCCCGCAGCCCAGCCCCCAGAGGAGCAGAGCAAGGAGGUGAAGAAGGAGAGUGCCAGCGGCAGUAGCAGCAGGAAAAAGAGGAGUCGGAGCCGGGAGCACAGACACAGCCGGGAUCAGGAGCGCCGGCGGCGUAGCAGCCGGAGCCGGGAGCGCCGGAGCCGCCACAGGAGCCGGAGUCGGGAGCGCCGGCGGGGAAGCCGUUCCCGGAGCAGGGAGCGCCGGCGUGAGGAGAGAGCGCGGUACCGCAGUCCUCCGCCCCCUGGGCGCCGCUUUGGACACAGUAAGAGCCCCCUGUACCGGGAGAAAAGCCCCGUGCGGGAGGCACUGGGCAGCCUGAGCCCCGAGGAGCGGGACGCUCGCACCGUGUUCUGCAUGCAGCUGGCCGCCCGCAUCCGCCCCCGCGACCUCGAGGACUUCUUCUCCGCCGUCGGCAAGGUGCGGGACGUGCGGAUCAUCUCGGACCGGAACUCGCGGCGCUCCAAGGGCAUCGCCUACGUGGAGUUCUGUGAGAUCCAGUCGGUGCCGCUGGCCAUCGGGCUGACGGGGCAGCGCCUGCUGGGCGUGCCCAUCAUCGUCCAGGCCUCCCAGGCGGAGAAGAACCGGCUGGCGGCCAUGGCCAGCGCCCUGCAGAAGGGCAGCGGGGGCCCCAUGCGGCUCUACGUGGGCUCCCUGCACUGCAACAUCACCAAGGAGAUGCUGCGCGGGAUCUUCGAGCCCUUCGGCAAGAUUGACAGCAUCGUGCUGAUGAGGGACCCGGACACCGGCCAGUCCAAGGGCUACGGGUUCCUGACGUUCGCGGAGGCAGAGUGUGCCCGCCGGGCGCUGGAGCAGCUGAACGGCUUCGAGCUGGCCGGGCGCCCCAUGCGUCUGGGGCACGUCACCGAGCGGCUGGACGGCACCACGGACAUCUCCUUCCCCGAGGGCCCCGAGGAGCCGGAGCCGGGCGCCGGCGGGGGGCUGCAGCUGCUGGCCAAGCUGGCCGAAGGCUCCGGGAUCCAGCUGCCGGCCGCUGCUGCGGCUCAGGCCGCCCUGCAACUGAAUGGCGCCAUCCCGCUGAGUGCCCUGAACCCUGCCGCCCUGACAGCCCUGAGCCCGGCGCUGAACCUGGCCUCGCAGACGCUGGCGUCCCAGUGCCUCCAGCUCUCAGGGCUCUUCUCCUCCCCGGGCAUGUAGUGACCCCCGCCUCCCCACGGACCCUGGGGCUGGAGCGGGGGCUGGGCUGGGCUGCCAGGGCCCCCCAUGGAGUCGGAGCUCCAGGGGCAGAAAUGGGGCUGGGGGGGGGGCACGAGCAACACCCCCCCCCCCACACACGCAACCUUGCCCUGACCUCACAGAGGCCCAUCUCGGGGAGGGGGGCUCUACGGGGGCAUCUGGCCCUGCCCAGCCCCCCCCCAAAAUUGUUGGGUUUUUCUUUUCCUUUUUCUUUUUCUUUUAUUUUCUUUAUG